CCGCCAAUCUUCACAACGGGAAGGGGAAAAAAAUUUCGCGCCAAAAUUAUUAGUCUCACUGCAAAACCAAUCACCCAAAGCAUCUUCGCUAUUCCUCUCUCUCUCUCUCUCUCUCUCUCUCUGUCUCUUGCUGUUUUCGAAACAGAGAAAUCUUUCGUUCUUGAACUUCCAUUUCUCCUUUUGUUAAUCAAUUAUCUGUUUCUAAUUCAAAACAUGGAGUUGGAGAUUCCACUCACAGAAAAAGAAGGGAAAGUCAGUACGAUAACCUCUCUCGAUUCUGACAUCCUCAAUAGCGCUACCGCUGUCAAACGUGCGGUUACCACCACCGGCGUACGGGUUUCCAUCGAAAUGAAGCAGGAAGGGUCUCAGGAACCGGAAGCAUCUGCCUUGAAACCGGAGACACGGGUGAAAGAGGAACCGGAUUUAGGAUUUGAGGGUAAGGAGAGCUUGAAAGACGAUAUGAGUUUGGAUGUUGCGGAGGGUAAGGAGGUAAAUUCUAGAAUGUCCUUUUAUGAGUUUUUGCAGGCAACUAAUACUAGGGUCGUUCGGGUGAAGGAAUGUCUCAAUACCCAGAUCAUCGGAGCGGAGAAGCCUAAGGAAUUGGAGAUUAGAGUGAAGGAGGAGGCUGGAAAAGAGAUCACGGUAGAGGAGCCUGAUACCUAUAAGCAAGAAGGGAAGUCAGAAAGUAAGUUACCUUUAUUUCCAGAGCACUGUGAAUUCAAUGAAGGCAAAUCUGAUGGGUUCAAGGUAAAUGGAGUAGUGAAAGAAGUGAAGGAGCAACCCAAAGAUUUAAGGAUCACAUUUAAAGAGGAGUCUGAUGUCUGCGAAGGAGAAGUUAAAUCAGAGAGUAAUCAACCACGUGUAUUUCAAAAGAAUAUUAGGGGCAUGACAUUUAAAGAGUACUGCGAAAUCACCGAAAGGAAAUCUAAUGGGUGUACACAAAAUGUUAGAGUAAAAGAAGAACCUGAUAUAGUAGUUAUGGAGAAGCCGACUGAGCUAUUUGCUAGUUAUAGCAGGCGGCAAAAGCCUAUGAAUGUGACGAGAGAAAUGGUUGAAGACACAAGGAUUAAUGGUAUUAAUGUGGAGGAUGGGGAUUUCCCAGAAGAGGCAGAUUGGUACUUGGUAGGAAGGACUAUGGUUACUGGCCUCUCGACCAGCAAAGGCAGGAAAUUGGUGGACAAUGAAAUAGUCCAUUUUGUCUUUCCCAAUACAAAUUUGAGAUUUAACUCGCAGUGGAUUGUUCGUUUCUCUACCAAACGAUAUGGAGAGAUUGGUCGGCUUCCAAUGGAGUGGGGAAAAUGUGUUGUUCCACUCGUUAAUUCUACCAAGGUCAAAGUUCUUGGACGGUGUAUAGCUGCGCCACCAAGCCUUCACAUCAUGCAAGAGAUAAUGCUGUAUGUGAGCUUUUAUAUACACAACUCAAUUUUCACGGAGCUGGAUAAGUCAACAUGGAGGCUAGAAACUACUUCAAAUAUAGAUUCUACAGUUUAUCCUCUUCUUACACUGUUCAAAUUGUUGAAAAUAAAACCAUAUCAGAAGGCGGAAUUCACACCCGGGGAGCUUAAUUCUCGAAAGCGCUCACUGAAUCUUGAAGGUGAGGAAGAAGCCGCAGCAAUGUUAUCUUUGACAAAGAGGCGAAAGGUUUGCCAGCAGUAUCCAGAGCAAAACAAAGAUGAACAAGCUAUUUCAGAGUCAUCUCUGAAUAAGCUUGUUGGUGCUGCGGAUAUAUAUAACUUGGAGGAGAUGGAACCCCCAAGCUCACUAAUUUGCAAGUUAAAGCCUUACCAGAAACAAGCACUCUACUGGAUGUCGGAAGCAGAGAGGGGACUUGAUGCUGAGAAAGCAGCAAAAACUCUUCAUCCAUGCUGGGCAGCAUAUCGUAUAUGCGAUGAGAGGGCUUCCUCAAUCUAUUUGAACAUCUUCUCUGGAGAGGCAACCACACAAUUUCCAACUGCAACACAAAUGGCCAGAGGAGGAAUUCUUGCGGAUGCAAUGGGUCUUGGAAAGACUGUGAUGACAAUUGCUCUAAUACUUGCAAGAACUGGCAAGGGAAGUACUGAGAGCCAAGAAAGCACAAGUAAUAAGAAAGAAAAAACCUGGCCUAAGGCAAAGGGUGGCACUCUUGUUGUGUGUCCCAUGGCUUUGCUAGGUCAAUGGAAGGAUGAGCUUGAAACCCAUGCAGAAACAGAAAGUAUUUCCAUUUUUGUUCACUAUGGUGGUGACAGAACGAAGGAUUCCAGGGUUAUCUCUGGAUAUGAUGUAGUCUUGACAACUUAUGGUGUCCUGACGGCAUCAUAUAAAUCUGAUUUGGAGAACAGCAUUUUCCAUAGGGUAGAGUGGUAUAGGGUGGUGCUAGAUGAAGCUCAUACCAUUAAAUCCUGGAAAACAAUAGCUGCUCAAGCUGCUUUUGCAUUAUCCUCGCACUGCCGGUGGUGUCUCACAGGGACACCUCUUCAGAAUAACUUGGAAGAUCUGUAUAGCCUUCUGUGCUUCUUGCAUGUUGAACCUUGGUGCAACUGGGCGUGGUGGAACAAGUUGAUUCAGAGGCCUUAUGAGAACGGUGAUCCAAGAGGGCUGAAGUUGAUCAAGGCUAUUUUGAGGCCACUAAUGUUGAGAAGAACCAAGGAUACGAAGGAUAAAGCAGGAAGGCCCAUACUUGUUCUCCCACCAACUGAUAUUCAAAUCAUUGAAUGUGAACACUCUGAAGCCGAACAUGAUUUCUAUGAUGCCCUUUUCAGAAGAUCAAAGGUCCAGUUUGACCAGUUUGUGGCGCAAGGGAAGGUUCUCCACAACUAUGCAUCUAUUCUUGAGCUAUUACUUCGAUUGAGGCAGUGUUGCAACCACCCAUUUCUUGUUAUGAGUCGAGCUGAUUCGCAACAGUACGCGGACUUGAGCAAGCUUACAAGAAGGUUCCUGGAAACAAAUGCCAAUUCUGCUCCUCCAGGACAGACAGGCCCCACCCGAGCAUACAUUGAAGAGGUUGUUAAGGGCAUCCGGCAGGGUGAAAAUACUGAGUGUCCCAUAUGCAUGGAGUAUGCAGAUGAUCCUGUGCUCACACCAUGCGCACAUAGGAUGUGCAGGGAGUGUAUCCUGUCAAGCUGGCGAGCCCCUACAACUGGGCUAUGCCCAAUUUGCAGAACUUUGCUGAAGAAAACCGAACUCAUAACAUGCCCAACAGAGGACAAAUUCCGAGUUGAUGUGGAGAAGAACUGGAAGGAGUCUUCAAAGGUUUCAAAGCUCUUGGAAUGCUUGGAACGGAUUCGCAGAUCAAGUUCUGGUGAGAAGAGCAUUGUGUUCAGCCAGUGGACUUCUUUUUUGGACCUCCUAGAGAUUCCAUUGAGAAGGAGAAGAAUUGGGUUCUUAAGGUUUGAUGGAAAACUAGUGCAGAAGCAAAGGGAGAGGGUCUUGAAGGAGUUCAAUGAAACCGAAGAAAAAACGGUAUUGUUGAUGUCCUUGAAAGCUGGUGGUGUUGGCCUGAAUCUAACAGCUGCCUCCAAUGUCUUCUUAAUGGAUCCAUGGUGGAAUCCUGCAGUGGAGGAGCAAGCAAUAAUGCGAAUUCAUCGCAUAGGACAAAAGCGAACAGUUACUGUUAGAAGAUUCAUUGUGAAGGACACGGUGGAGGAACGGUUGCAACAAGUUCAGGCGAAAAAGCAGCGGAUGAUUGCUGGUGCCCUUACCGAUGAGGAAGUUCGGUCAGCUAGGAUUGAAGAACUCAAAAUGCUCUUCAGAUAAAUUAGUACCCAUUACAUGAUUUUGACUUGAAGGUUUAUUUUAGACCAAAAUGGAAGUUUUUUGCUAUAUAUAUAUAUGGCCUUGCAAAGCCCAAUUUUGUAAAUCAAAGGCAUAUUUUCUACUAAAGGGGGGUAAUAGUAAUUAUCCUCUCUCCCUCGUGGCCUCGACUCGUAUUAUAAUGCAACUGACAAGUAUUUCCCUUA